AUGCUUGUGGGGAUGGCGGCAACUGCAUUGACGCCGGCGAAUUCCGCAUUCGAGACCUCAUUCUCCACUUACCUCGGGGGCCCAUGGAGCGCCGCGGCCGAGGAGGACGAUGAGGUCGACGUCUUCGGCGCGGAGAAGUACUUCAGCGGCGCCGUCGAUGUCGCAGAGCAUGGCUCCAUGGGCAAGACUCGCUGGAAUUCGUCUCCGGGGAAGGAGGUCGCCAGGAAGAAUGUUGACGCCCAAAUUCCUUGGAGCCCGCCGCCGCCGCCGCCGCCGCCACCGCCGGGAAGAAGAAGGUUCCUGCCCGUGCUGUGCUGCUGCUCCUGGUUGGGGGAAUCCUGCGUCGAGAUCGGCGGACGAGCGCCGGAGAGGGCGGAGCCAGACGGCGGCGACGGGUUCAACACGAAGCGAAUGCACUCCUUCCUCUCCUCGGCCUCGAAGCAAGGGCACGCGGAGGCUCCGACCGGCGGGGAGGAGGUGUCUGGAAAAGGAAGAAAACGGGGGAACUUCGGCUUCGGCGGCGGCGGCGGCGCCACCGCCCGCUCCGAGGUCUGUAGCGAGUCGAGCUCGGAGCUGUUCGAGAUCUCUCUCUCCCUCUCUCACUCCACGUCAAAAGACCGGAACUUGGAUCACCCCCCCGCUUACUACAAACCCAGUUAUCCCUAAAUAUCCAGUUCAUACUUUAAAUCUCAAGACUCAAGCCUUUUUCGCCAGAGCCGAUCGCCAGAAUCAAACUUUUCUUUUGCCGGCCUUGAACCUCAAAACUGUAUACGAGUAGAAGAGAGCACGCCCGGAAUCUCCAACACCAUUCUUCUUGCCAACCCAAGCUCCUGUUUCUUGUGGACUGCACUGUACCAGUUGCCCCUGAGAACUUGUAUUCUUUGUGGAUCUUCAUAUUCGAAGAACGCGAUACUAAUUAAACAAGAUUAUUAAUUACUAUUUGUACGAUAUUCUAUCAUAUUUCUCAAAAGUUACCUGCUUCAGAUUAGUUUAUUUCUGGGUAAUUUGGGUUCAGGGAAAAUGCCCCAAAAUAGGGCCAUCGGAGGUAUAGUCAUAACCUUAAGAAAUGGGAAAAAAAGGAUAAUUUACUUUGAUAAUUUUUAUAUUUGAAUGUCAAAAUCAUUUAAAUUUUAAAAUACUUUGUUAAUUAGGCCCCCCCAGACUAUUUUCACCCGUCAUCAUUAGGGUUGAGCGAUCAGAAAUGGUGAUCAAAUGACGGUAUGGCUGUGGCUGGUUCUGUCCUUUUGCGUAAUUAUUCAUUAAUACCAUUAUUGUCAUUAAUGAAUAUGAUGAAGAAUGGUGCAGCAGUUUGAAGAUGGAAGCAACGCUGGCGGCGUCGGAAUUCUCGCUUGGAGUUGA